AUGGUUAAGAGCGCCUGGAUCCGAACUGCAGUGAACGUGUUCAACUGCAAAAAAUCCCACCACUCCACUACAUCAUAUCAAUCACAUCUGCUUGACUUUUUUGGACUUCUUCCUCUCCUUGUCACAGAUUGGCACAAAUUUUCAAUUCCCCCAUAUAAGGCCUGCCACAAUUUUUUAAAAACAUUGGAAUUCCAUCUUGCAAAUGUUUUUACUUCCACAUAUUUUUUAUGUGAAACAAUGAUGAAGCUCGCAUCUGAGUAUGUUGUGCGAGAAGACAUCAUUGAGCACUUGGCAGCAUUCGCGCAAUAUUUAGCGGAACAUACCUGUCUAUCAUUAAUCUUAAUCCUGCCGCUGAUGUAUCUGCCGCUCAUGUGUUGUUUCAAGACCAUGUUUUGUAUGGCUUCCUAUGUGACAUUAGUCUUGAAAUGUGAAUAG